AUGUCACAAUCCAAACAACUGGCCAAGGUGUUAACCAUCAAUGAUAUAUUCCUUUUCAUCCCUAAUCUAAUCGGGUACUCGAGAAUACUCUUUGCCAUCCUUUCCUUUAUAUCCAUGUAUUAUCAUGAACCUAUAAUUACGUCCAUUUUUUACGGGAUCUCCGGACUUCUUGAUGCAUUGGAUGGAUACGCAGCUAGAAAAUACAACCAAGGUACAAGAUUCGGGGCAGUGUUGGAUAUGGUUACUGACAGAUGUGCUACCAGUUCGUUGAUCAUAUAUUUGAGUCAAUUAUAUCCAAGCUUCAUUAUCAUAUGGCAAUUAUUGGUUAGUUUAGAUUUGAGUUCUCAUUACAUGCACAUGUAUGCCAUGUUAAGUGCGGGCUCCACAUCCCACAAAAAUGUCGAUUCCAAACAAAGUAAAUUGUUAAAUUUAUAUUAUACCAACAGAACCGUGUUGUUUAUUGUUUGUCUUGUCAAUGAAUUGUUCUAUGUUGCGGUUUAUUUACAUUACUAUAACUUUUUCUGGUUAGGGACUUUAAUGGUUUGGAUCUGUUGCCCAAUCUGGUUGUUUAAACAAGUGGCUAAUGUCAUCCAAUUGAAGGCUGCUUCCUUAAUUUUAGCCAGAAUGGAUUUGGAUGAUAGAAAGAAGAAGUAG